UCAAGUUAUCACUUAUUUGUAUGCGGUUUGAAAUUUGUAUUUCAUAGACCUGAAAAUGCUGUUAAUAUUGAUAACGGCCGUCAUCGGUUCUAAAAUAUAUUAAUUGUACCCAUUGAUUAAGUGGUAUACGUAAUCAAUGCUAUACAAAGUAAGUUGUAACUAAUCGAAUAAUAUUGUAACGACUAGUGACAAUUUAUUAAUAGGUUCCAUUAGUUUGUAUAACAUUUCGUUAUUUUGGGAGUAUUGUUGUAAAAUUGGAAACAAUUUUUCUGUAACAGGUAUUCGUAUUUGGCUAUUUAAAGUGUCUUAUAAUGAAAAAGAUCACUAUAAAAGAAUGUAAUAAUUUAUUAAUGCAGUAUGCCAGUAUGUAUUUUCCAAAAAUGAAUUUCGUGUUCGGGUCGUCGAACCAAAAACGAGUAAAAUAGCGAGUGGGUUGCCAAGGCGCAAAGUAUAGAAAAUCCAUAGACAUAAACAAACAAAUUUUACACAAUUUAACAACACGAAUUGUGGUGAACAAAACAUUGCUGUCAAAAUUUUGUCAAACAUAUCGAUCGUCAGUGUUAAUAGUAAAAAUCCAGAGGAUUUUCAAUAUAUGCGUACUACUUUAUACAUACGAACAGCAGCGGCAGCAUAAUCGACGGCAAAAUGUCCGUUACCGGAAAUAAUCUAUUUAUGUUGGAGGUGAUCGUGUACCGCGUCACGUUGACGGAUCAGGUCCAAAUACACAACACGUGUCCGGUGUGUGUGUGCUUCCGGUUUCCGGGGCUGGUCGAAUUGAUAAUAUGCGAGGGCGGCUUUUGCGCCGACGGUAAGGUCGGCGGGGGUGAAAUCCUGAUGACCAACGGCAAGUCAUGCUUGUUAACGGUCAGCACAGCGGACCUUUGCCGGACUGCCCGUAACUUUUGCGCGAUCAUCAGCGUGAACAGGCGCGUGCUUGGUGAACAGCAAAUGCGAUAUGUUGCGCAGACGAAGCUCGAGUUCGACCGGAACUUUGUCGACAUCAUACUGAACCCCAACCAGGAUCAGAGGGCCCGAAAACUGAAACGGGUCUUGCCGCUGUAUGAUAAUGGCCGUCCGCAUCCCGUGGGCACCGUAGAAGUCUUCGUUCGUUUGACUUCGCAAGGGGAUUUAGUGGUGACUCAUUUCAAUCGUGCGCCGGAUAGCAAUAAAUAUCAGUACAAAGCAAUAAACGAAUGCGUUCCUACACAAGCGUCGACGAUAGAUUGUACUGAAAGAAUAAUGCUUAGCCCAAAGAAAAUAUGCAAACACAAAACUUCGUGUAGGAACAAACGACCAAAGGUCAAGCAAGAUCCCGACAGUCAUUGUGGCUCGGAAAUGAAACAGGCCAACUGCGUUAUGACGAUGAUGGAAAAGUUAAUUGCCUUAUAUAAGGAGAUGAAGACGAAUUCGCAUGCGCAGAGCGGCGAAUUUGACGCCAUCGAAGAUCAACAUGGCAAACCAUGCUUGUUCGACCUGAACUGUCCGGCCUCCCAUUGUCCUUUCAGGACGGGACAAGCGGAAAACGCGUUCGUCGACCACUUGAUCGACGGCACCCGACCAGGGAACGUUUGGUCGUCGAAUAAUCGGUUGAAGAACCACGAAAUCGUGGAUGAUGCGGAUUUGUUCAUCGUGAACGUGGGUCGGGUGGACCCGUGCCGGGUGAUCCCGCCACUGGUGUACAAGGACGGUUGCUCGCAGUGUUUUGAAACAGACUUUUCGACGAUACUGUUGCCGCCGCCACCGCCACCAGUCCAGGAAAAGAAAAAAAAAGGCAAAAAUUCAAAAAAAGGUAAAAAGGCGAAGAAAUAAGCAUAGUCCAGCCUUGGUGAACCUAUAUGAAAAUUAAUUUGUUAGCAAAAUUAAAAAAAAAAAUUAUAGUUUUUAUUCAGAAAUAUUGUUUUGAAAUGACAUAAAAUUAUGUAAGCAACUUUUUACAACUUUUACGAAAAAAUUAGUGUAGACACCAGGACAAAUGGAUUCUAUUAAAGUCGUUCAUUUUACUUAA